CUCUUUGUAAAGAGCAAAAUUGAGCGGAACCUCACUAAGCUCGCUAGUCAGUGGUGAAAAUGUCUGUAACAGAAGCAAUGGGACAAGAAGAAGAAGAACAAGAGAAUCACAAUCACAAUAACAAUCACGAGUCCGAGUCCAAGUCCAAGUCCAACUCGCCCUCAGAAGUGGCAGAAAUUACAGAACCAACCAAGGACCAGGAGGAGCAGCAACAACAAGAGUACAGUUGGCCUGUGAUUCGGUUCGAUGUUCCGCCUCAUAGAACCUACCAUUUCUACAACCAGUUCAGGAACUCUCCAAACCCUAACAACUUCCUUAAAGCCAUCAAAUGGUCUCCAGAUGGGUCUUGUUUUCUUACAAGCUCUGAGGACAAUACUCUUCGUGUGUUCACAUUACCAGAUAAUGGAAGUGGUGGUGAUAUCAACACUUGUUCAAUAGCUGCCGAUGAAGAUUCCUAUGCUGCAAAACUUGUCAUGAAUGAGGGAGAGUCAGUAUAUGACUUUUGUUGGUAUCCAUACAUGUCUGCUUCAGAUCCAGUUAGUUGUGUUUUUGCAAGUACGGCUCGUGACCAUCCAAUUCAUCUUUGGGAUGCUACUUCGGGAGAGCUGCGCUGCACAUACCGGGCUUAUGAUGCCAUGGACGAAAUAACUGCUGCCUUUUCAAUUGCAUUCAAUCCCACUGGGACAAAAAUAUUUGCUGGAUACAACAAAGCUGUUAGGAUGUUUGACAUACAUCGCCCUGGUAGAGAUUUUAAACAACAUUCUACACUUCAAGGGAAUAAAGAAGGCCAAACAGGUAUUAUAUCUGCACUGGCUUUUUGUCCAACUCAUACUGGAUUGCUAGCUAUGGGUUCUUACAGUCAGACCACUGCAAUAUAUCAAGAAGAUAACAUGGAACUCUUGUAUGUUUUACAUGGUCAAGAAGGUGGGGUUACACAUGUCCAGUUCUCGAAAGAUGGAAACUAUCUAUAUACAGGAGGCCGGAAGGACCCAUAUAUACUAUGCUGGGAUAUACGCAAAGCUGUUGAUGUUGUGUACAAGUUAUACAGGUCAUCAGAAUCUACCAACCAGCGAAUAUUGUUUGACAUUGAACCCUUGGGCCGACACCUUGGUACAGGUGGUCAGGAUGGUUUUGUUCAUAUAUAUGAUCUUCAAACUGGGCAUUGGGUAUCAAGUUUUCAAGCUGCAUCAGACACAGUAAGUGGAUUCUCUUUCCAUCCAUUUCUGCCAAUGGCUGCCUCCUCUUCAGGGCACCGAAGAUUUGUAGUUCCUGAUGAUCUCUAUGAGGAUGUGCCUUUGAGUGGCAAUGAAAAUUGUGCUUCUGUGUGGAAUUUCUCUGUUGCUUCAGUGGAGAACGAUACUGAAUUGAAUGGCAACGAUUUUAACAAUCUAUCUGAACAUGAAGAGCUGCACCAGGGUCCUUGAGUCAUUUGCCAGAGCUUUGUAUAUAUCAAGUUUCUGGAUAAGCUUUUGUUACAAUUAUGAUUCAAACGGUUAUCAUGUGCUUAAUUAAUACACAUUGUUUGAUUGAAUCAGUGGUAACAGAAGUCUAUCAGAAUUUGUAUUGAGCCUUAGUGCCUGUAUGUACAUUCCAUGUUUUUGGGCUGAAAUUGGACGGAUUUUUCAUGAAUUGCUCAGUUACAGAGGUUUUGGGAUCUCA